CAGUGUGUUGCUUACUUGAUCUUACUACAAAGCGGGUUGCUCAUUGAAGGCGGUUUUUGGGUCAGAAAGCUCGUGAGACCAUGUUCGGUAGAGUUUAGCAGGACCAAAGGAAACUGCCUCAUUAAUGGGCCGGCAGUUAUUCGUUCAUCAGUCCCCUGAAAGUCGAGCGAAGUUCCUUCACGCCGUGCCAUGAUGCAAAUGAGAACAGCCUUCAUAAAUCUCAUCUUUGUAUUGCUGAUGCUGUUUGGUUGUGGAGUGAUGCCAUCAUUUAACUGCCCACCAAAAUGCGGAUGCGAACAAAAAGAGAAUGGUUAUUCAGUUAAAUGUGUGAACAAAGGAUUGAAAUCGCCGGUAAACCCUAAUGAUCUGCCGGACGACACAUUCGAACUCAAUCUGUCAAAUAAUGAAAUACAGAGGAUCGCAAACAAUGCCUUCAAAAGGAGAAAUCUCACAAAGAUAAAGCGAUUAAUUUUGUCUGGCAAUGAACUAGAUAAGAUUGAACCAGAUGCGUUCUCAGGGUUGAAUAGACUGACAAAGCUUGAUCUCAGUGGCAAUAAAUUAUCUCUUCUGGAUGAAGGUGUCUUUAGAAAACUGAAGAAUAUUAAGAUGAUUGAUGUGUCACGCAAUCAAUUGUUUAUGCUAAAUAAAACUCAAUUUUAUGAGUGCAGAAGUCUUAGAACCAUAGACUUAUCUUCCAAUAGGCUGACUCUCCUUCCUGAUGGACUAUUUAACUCUCUUGAUAAAUUACAAAAAAUUGACCUUGACCUUAAUCCUUUGAUCUGUGACUGUAAUCUGAAAUGGAUGGUGAAAUGGAUUGCAAACCGUAAAAAGUCUGUGAAAGGCACAUGUGAAGAACCUUUCAAGUUGAGGGACAAAAAAAUCUCAAGUGUUAACAAGAAAGAGAUGAAAUGUGGUGAGAAACUUGAGUUGAAUGGCAGGUCAUUUGGUCCGCAAGGAGAUCAAAUUGCUUUCAAGGGUGACAGUUACUCCUUUGAAUGUAACUCGUCUUGGAUUCCAGGCACACAGAUCAGUUGGUACAAGAAUGAUAAACCAGUCACUAAAGACGAACGGAUAAGCAUUGAUUUGAAGCAUGACCAUGACAAACGAUUACUUUCAUCUGUUUUGGACAUUAAACAGCUUGCUGUGAAAGAUGGUGGCCAUUACAGCUGUCAUGUUACAAAUAAAGGAGGCUAUCGACUUUAUUGGACAUCACAUCUCUCGAUAAUUCCAUCUGAUGCAAAAUUCUGCCGAGCAGUUAGCACAGAAACUGAACGGGGUACUUUUCACUGGCAUCAUACAGCUGCUGGGGGUAUUGCUUUCUUGCCAUGCCCUGUUGGUGUAAUCAGCAGCUUGUUAGAUCAAAGGAGCAAUGAAAUCAUGGCUAGAAGGAAUUGCUCAAUAGAAGGUGCCUGGAUGCCUGUAGAGGCACAGCAAUGUGCUCAUGCUAGUGAAAUAACUCGUGCUUUAUAUGAUCUGAAACAGCGAACAGUUAAUGAGACAACAGUUGAAUCAGUCAGUCGGAAUUUACUGAACAUAUCAAGAAGAGCAAAAGAAUAUAAUGAUCCUUUGGAUGUUGUAUAUACUGCUGACAUUGUAAAGAAAUUGGCGCAAGUCAUUGGAGAUGAAAAACUGGGUGGAAAUUUAGUUUCAACCAUCAGUAACAUGAUGGACGUUCAUACAUCAUUGUUGCAGGAAGCUCAAAGGAAGUCGAAGUCUUGUUCAAGCAUGGUGCUUCGCGUGGGUAUACUGGCAACAAGAUUUCGUUUGGGUGUUUUAAAAAAAUUGGAUGUGUCAUUUGUAUCAAACAACAUUGCAGUUCAUGUUGUGCAAACUUCACAUGUCGAAACUUUUGGCAAAAAAUGUUAUGUGACAACAGACAAGAACUCCAGAUUUCAACGCAUAGGCUGCAUUCCAUGUGAAUACAACAAGUUAUGUGCGAAGCAACCGGUAACAGACACUUCCAUAUACCUUCCUCCAACGGGCUUUCUAAAAAUACAACGUGGUGUCAAAUUUCAGUUUAUAAUCUAUGCCAAUAGCAAACUUUUUCCGGAACUUACAAAUUCAAGUGGAGUACAAACUAGUAGAGAGGUGUCUAGUACUGUGAUGUCAGCACAGUUUGAAGGGAUUCAGUUGACGAAUCUCUCUCAUCCUAUUAUCAUGGAAUUCAAGAAUCAUCAGAGUGGUGAGGAACCCACACCAGUUUAUUGGGAUCAUGGUGGCAAUGAUGGACUUGGAAGUUGGGAAAAGAAUGCUGACUGUAACCAGGUCUCAUCUCGAGGCAACUAUACAAUCACAAAGUGUUCGCAGCUUUCUAGCAGGGACUACUUUGCUGUCAUGAUGACUAUAAAGAAACCUGUAGUCAGUGCAACAAGUGAAGAUGAUGAAUGGAAUGCAGUGCCAUUUUCUAUAGAGAUCGUUGUGUUCGUUGGUGCUGGAAUCUCUGUGCUACUACUCUUAGCUACGCUGAUAGCGUACGCAUUGAUACGAGAUCUGCGUUACGACAGAGAUGACGCAGCCAUGUUGAUGAACCAGUGCCUAGCUCUCAUUGUCCCUAUUGUGGUGUUUGUGACGGGAAUCAAUCACGUGACCAAUGUACUGGUGUGCCGUUCUGUUGGAAUUAUGCUGCAUUAUUUUCUACUUAGCUCCUUACUGUGGAUCGGCUGUAGUGGAGUUUGUCUGCACAGACUGAUAAGAACUGCUGUUGAGCCAGAGGAAUACAACCCUGUGCUCAGAUAUUAUAUGAUAAGCUGGGGUAUACCCCUCAUCAUUUGUGGAAUCACUACCGCCGGUAACCUUGACAACUACAAUGUGGAAGACUAUUGUUGGUUGAGGCGACAUCCAUUCUAUGGAGGAUUCGUGGGUCCCGCUUGUUUGAUUGUGCUUAUAGAUUUGUUCGUAUUUCUUCGCGUGUACAAUCUGAUCAAAAAUGCAUAUGAAACGAUAGGUACACCGCAAAACAGUCAAGAACCUGAUGCAGAUAUCACAGCAGAAGAAAACGCGCUCGUUAUUCAACAAGAACCUUUGGCAAAUCCGGAUGGGGUUGGUGAUAACGUGGACAAAUCCGCUUUGCCAGAUAAGCACGAAAUGCUUGAUCAAUUGAGGGGAAGCUGUGUUAUUUUAUUGUUCAUUAUCGUCAGUGUGGUCGGAGGAGUCUUCAUGAUUCGUUACCAACAUUCCCGGACCUUGUACAUUGUACUGAGUUGCGUGUUUGCAUUGGCUCUGAUUAUUUUGGGAUUCCUUGUCUUCUUGUUUUAUUGUUACAGAAAGGAAAAGAGUCGGCUUUUCUGGAACAAGUAUUGUUUCAAAUCUCAGUGCUUACCUAAAAAGGAUUAUCAAUUACAAGAAGAAAGUCCUCAAGCUGGCUCCUCUGAUGAAACUUCAUCGGCGAAAACGGCAGCUGAAACAGGAAACGGAGCUGCGGUAGAAUUCGCUGGGGGUGAAAUUCACGGUGCUAAGAAUCCACUCUCACAAGGUAACGAUGAUUCCCAGUCAAAUGUGUCCUUGCCGUAUUCCGCAGUCAUUACUAUCGAAAAGAAAAAUAAUGUGACAGCAAAAGAAACCGAUGCUCUAACUGACAAAGCGCCUUCGGUGUCAGAUAAGCAGUCAUGUAUCUCUGCUCCUCUUCCUCAACCGCACAAACCUCGAGGGCGGCUUCUUAAGCAUCCCCCGGGACAUCGACACAGCUACAGUGAAAACAUCUGUCUUCCUCCUAUUUCGCAAGAAGGACCUCGUGCACCUCUUGCUCCACCUGAGGGGACGGCAAGUUCCGUGGAAUCAAGCGUUCAGCUGCCUACGGACACUGCCUCUAAUGCUGCUCCAUCUGAGUGUCGAUCAUCAGUGCGUGACGAACAAGUCUGUGUGGAACCAGUGUCACGCAAUGCAAACACGUCUUGUUCAGCGUCUGAAGUGUCGGUACCAAUAGAAAUUCCGCCUAUGAAGAGAAGACCGCCUGUCCCUGGGUCCUCUUCUCAAGGCUCUGACGUAGCGCCCCCACUUCCGUCCAAGAGAAAUCGAAGUCCACUCCCUGGCAUUCAAGCAGUCCCCACAUCAGCAUCUGACACUCAAGAUCUUCUCACUCACUAUGCGAUUCCCGAACCCACGACCAGUAGCAUCCCGCGGGACAUCCCACGUGAUCAUGUUGUAGUGCGGGAACGGUAUCACAUUCCGUACGAACCACGCGCGCUUUCGGAAAAACCUCGUGACCAUUACCAAAUACUUCCUCUUCCCACGAGCAGAAGGGAUCACUAUGUAUUACACCCGGGGCACGAUCAAUAUCAAGGGCCACGAGGGCAACACGUCGGUCAAAACCCUCACAAUCAGUUACAGGUAUCACCUGAUCAUUACAAAAUACCUGAGGAUCAGAAUGUAGAUCCGAGAACUUUUAAUGUCAAUCAAAUACCGAGUCAGACCCAAGGCCAGAAUUUCUUUCACCUUGCACGAGAUCAAAGUCCCGCCCACAAGGUGCAUGAUCUGUAUCAGAUGGCACGUGACUUGGCAUCUUCUCCCAGGGCAUAUGAGAACUAUCCAGUGUCUCAAGAGAAUGUGGGGCAAAGGUCACAUGAUCAACCGCAGAGACCACUUGAAAAUAGUCGUAUACCUUUAGACCCCAGUAAGUCACCAGAGCCAUAUGAGGGACCACGUGACCAGCCGCUGGUAGAUCGAGCUUACGACCACCUCCCAGUUCCACUCGAUCAAAACCUUGCCCAUAGUGAUUCAUCGCAGAAGGCAGGCGAACAGAACAUGGCACGUGACAACACUUACGGACCAUCACCAGAAACUGUUGAAAGAACGCACGAUCAAUAUGCCGGAGAAGGACCGCGUGAGCAACCUGAGGCAUUACCAUCCGGUGAAAAUUCAACAACCGCUGAUACAAGAAAAGACGUCCCAAUUGAUAAAAAUGGAGUUAGGUCUCAAAACGCUCCACGAGGCUCUCGUGAUAAGCCAAACGGGAUACAUGUCACUCGCCGAAGAUCACGUAAUCCUUAUCAAAUUGCGCGUGACAUACAUCAUAAUCUUGGUAUUGAAACUAGACCAUCACGCCGGUCAAACCGAGCAGGAGCCGAACAGCGAUCGCAAUCUCGAACAAAUUAUGUCAAAGACGUGCUAUCAAGUCCAGGCGAAACACCAAAAGAGCGAACUCCGCGGUCAUCUAUGUCUUCAUGGCGAGAAGAGCGACCUAAGCCCGCAAAGAAAGAGUGGGCCCCAGAUAUGCCAAAAACUGCGGUGUUUGUACCCAUUCCGCACCUGAAGCCUCCCGCGCCCGAUAAACCUCGCAAUGAAACAAGUGUUUGAGUAAUACUGCUGUUGUACUCUGUAAACAAGAUAGACUGCCAGAGGUGGAAAACUUAAACCGUUUGUCCGAAAGAGCCUGUGGAAGUGCAUCGAAGGGUUAAACUGAUGUAGACAGGCUUGCUUCUCGGUGGAUCAGUCAACGAAUCGUGGAUUUUGUUUUAAUUCCUUAUAUGAGCAAGCAUGUCUGGCAUUGAUGAAGGUCAUGCAAAACGAUUUCUAGCUCGCAAGAAAACAGUAGUAUAGUUCUCAAUCUGAACCUGGGAAUAAUACCUGUAAGUAGUAAUCUACCAGCGAUAUAUCAUAGUUGCUUCAAUCUGAUUAGCUACGCUACUCAAUCUAUAUUUAAAACGUAGAUCUAUUUUGCCGUGCGUCUGUGGAGUAAUAUAUUAAAGAUGACGGCAAAGUGUAAUAAGAACAGAAAAAAAAAAAAAGGAGCACAUGAGCUGCAGCCGAGUAUGUUAGUGAUACUCUUUCAACAUUUUGUUUGCCAAAGAAUUAGAUCGAUAUCGUCUCUUCUCGUAUAGUAAUCAGUGAUCUUUAUCACCGAUGUAUGAGGCAAUUUUGUAAAGAUUUUUAUGCUUGUGUUCUUAAGCUAGUGUUUUAAGCUGUUAAUAGGCACGUCGAGGGGUGUUUUUGGAAUAGUACUUUGUUUUUGUGUUUGGAAUUGUCUUUUAGAAACAAGUUAGGAGCGUGUGUAAAUCAUAGACUUGUGUGAGAACAUUGGCGUACAAAAUAGAGUCUGAGUUGACUAUUGUUUCUCAAUUUGAAUCUGCGUGUGAAACUACCAUUUUUCUAUGUGGAGAGAUGUGUUUUCCGACUCAACAAGAGUGAUCUCUUGCUCUUUUUGUACGACUAUCGUAAAAACGCCAGAAAUUAUGGGGAGCAGUCAAUAAUUGAAUAUCUGUAUACGGAGUUAGAGAAAAACAACGGUCAAACGUGGGGCAUGCACGAGGGGAUAAAUUAAGGCCUGCCGUGCGCUAAUUUCCCGCGCAGAAUUUUAAAGCUAAUCACGAGAAACAACCGCUGUCACAAAGUUUGCGUAAACAGUUGAAAAGUUCAUGAAAUUUGUAGAAGGAAACAGGGAAAUUGAAAACUUUUCGUAAACAAAGAUUAUUUCAUUACGGGUUUUGUGCUGAUUUAUAAUUUUGUUUUGAGCUUUAUCAAAAACCGCGACGUACUCGAUUGUGUGGCCGUUCAGAACUAGCUCUAACAAAGCUCCAACAAAGCUCUAACAGCCUGAAAGCAUGCCAAGGAACCUCACCACCUAACCUCUCUUGCGUUCGCACAUGGCAGACGUUUGACCGCUGUGUCUGUAAGAGGAGGCCUAGAGUUCUUCCUCGAUGGACAAGUUUUCGUCACUGUAUGCUUCACAAUUCAUCAUAACCCCUAUCCCUAGCUACUUCUAAAACCGCUAGAAUUAUCUAUCAAAUGUUGUAAGUAUUCACUUUGCGAAGAAAGUGUGUAAUUAAACGCUUUUGUAGGUAAUCUGUCCAUUGUUCACUUGUCUGUCACUUGUCAGUGUUUUGACGAUAUUAAAACAAUUUUCUGGAA